UGCUGCGGCGGCGGGUGGUGGUGGCGGCGGCGGCGGCGCCGGCGCGGCAGGCCCAGGCCGCGGGGCCCGGAGAUGAGGCCAGGAUGUCGGUGUCAGGGCUGAAGGCCGAGCUGAAGCUGCUCGAGUCCAUCUUCGACAAGGACCACGAGCGCUUCCGCAUCGUCUCCUGGAAGCUGGACGAGCUGCACUGCCAGUUCGUGCUGCUGCCGUCGGCGCCCCCGCAGACCGCCACGGACGGCAGCCCCGCCAGCGCCGGGGGAGGCGGCCCGCCCCAGCCGCUCACCAUCCACUGCAACAUCACGGAGUCCUACCCCUCUUCAUCGCCAAUAUGGUUUGUGGAAUCAGAUGACCCCAACUUGACUUCAGUGUUGGAGCGUUUAGAAGAUAUUAAGAAGAGCAAUACUCUGCUUCUCCAGCAACUGAAACGUUUGAUAUGUGACCUCUGCAGAUUAUACAACCUUCCUCAGCAUCCUGACGUUGAAAUGUUAGAUCAGCCGUUGCCAGCGGGCCAGAAUGGAACGACUGAAGAAGUUACGUCGGAAGAAGAGGAGGAGGAAGAUAUGGGUGAAGACAUUGAUCUAGAUCAUUAUGAUAUGAAGGAGGAACCUGUUGAUGGGAAGAAAUCUGAGGAUGACGGCAUUGAAAAAGAGAACCUGGCAAUCCUAGAAAAAAUCAGAAAGAAUCAAAGACAAGAUCACCUAAAUGGUGCCGUUUCUGGGUCUGUCCAGGCUUCUGAUCGACUUAUGAAAGAACUCAGGGAUAUUUACAGGUCACAGAGUUACAAGACAGGGAUUUAUUCAGUGGAACUUGUAAAUGACAGCUUGUAUGAGUGGCAUGUAAAACUUCUAAAGGUUGAUCCUGACAGCCCAUUACAUAGUGAUCUUCAAGUCUUAAAAGAAAAAGAAGGUGUAGAGUUUAUUUUGCUCAACUUCUCUUUUAAGGACAACUUCCCCUUUGACCCUCCGUUUGUGCGAGUGGUCUCUCCUGUGCUUACGGGCGGGUAUGUUCUCGGCGGAGGUGCAUUAUGCAUGGAACUUCUUACUAAACAGGGUUGGAGUAGUGCCUACUCCACAGAAUCCGUCAUCAUGCAGAUCAAUGCCACAUUAGUCAAAGGAAAAGCCAGAGUGCAGUUUGGAGCAAAUAAGAACCAAUAUAACCUAGCAAGAGCACAGCAGUCCUAUAAAUCUCUAGUACAGUUACAUGAGAAAAAUGGUAUGUAUGGCUGGUUCACACCUCCAAAAGAAGAUGGUUAAUAUUGUGGACUUCUCAUGCACUUGGACCAAUGUCAAUAAAAGAUUUUCCUUCCAACACAGAUUCAAGCUACAAAUACCCCUGUAACAGCCAUACUGAAGACUCUAGCUAAUAGAUCAUUAGUGGAUAAUCUGUUGACUGACACAUCCAGUAUAAGUUACAGCCGUACAAUUCUGCUCUUCUGUCAAAGUAUCUUGGACUGAACAGUUUAAGACUUUGCUGUACUGUCCCUAUGGAAUAAGCAUUCCACGCCUCCCUCAUCUUAGAAGUGUAAAUCCUUCAAACCGGACUCUUGGUUUACUAAAAUAUCAAUCAAUAGCAACUCUUUCCCAUACCGACUUCUGUAUGCACUUAAUUUUUUUUUCUCCUACACUGCGGACAGCAGAAAACGGCAAUAUAUUUUAUUUAAAGCCAACUGAGUUGAAUAAAGCUAGUUUAAUAAUAUGUUACAAAGUUUUUCAGGUCUCAUGAAAUCAGUCUUUUUUCCCCUCCCUGACCUAAAUUUGAAAGCAUUUGUAGAAUUGCCAAAUUUAAUGAUGAUAUAUAGGAAAGCUGUAAUGUUAAACCAUUAAACUCCUUGAGGAUAUGAACUGCUUCUGGGCGGAGAGGUUCUUCAGUUGCCGUGCCGAAGCAGAGCCAGGCUGUGCGAAUAGAACUGUGCGGCUAGUCAUUUCCACUGGGGCAUCCAUUUUCUGCUGGGCUCUUGUAUCUCCUUUGCAAGAAGGAGCCAUAGGUAUAAAGCUUGAAGUUAUUUAAAAUACUAGAAACCUUCUUUAGGCAUUCGAUUCUAUUAACGGGUUGUUGCAAUCAUUUGUAGACUAAUGAAUUUAAAAAAGAUUGACAAAAAUCAAGAAGACACUCUUUUAUAGUAAAAAAAAAUUUUUUUUAAACAAAAGCCACAGUAACAAGUCCCAGGAAUCUCUUGAUUGAGGUUUUUUUUUAAAUAAAUAAAUAAAUGUGUUGCCAUAGUCAUGACCAUGGUUUUGUUGAAAAGCUAAUGGAGGACCCUGCUCUUCCUUUUUAGGAAAUGAAUCUGGAUCUGUCACUGCUGUGAGUUGGUAACUGCUAUAUCAUUGCCUUACCUUUUAAAAGAAAAUCAGGUGUGGUUUUUAUUUUUGGUAGUUGAAUUUGUGUAGACCUUUUUGUUCACAGGAAUUGAAUUAAGGGUAUAAGCACUUAUUUUUAGAAGUCCAAAAAUAUCUUGGCUCCCUUCCCUUCUCAAAUAUAUAUAUUAAAUUUGUGCUUUCUUUGGUACCCAAGCAUUUGGCUCAGGUGUUUGGUCACAUAUGCUGGUUUUUUGUUUGUUUGUUUUAGCUUGGAAGAUGAAAUUAGAAAGAUUUGGCCUGAUAGAAGAGAGUAUUUUGUGCCGUCUUUUAAGGAGAGCCGGGGAAGACUUCCAGUCUCCUUGCUUAUUUGGCUGUACAUAUUAUUAUUCCUAUAAAAUCCCGAUAGCAGCCUUAAGUUGGAGGCCAAAUUCUGUAAGCAUUUCUACAGUUCCUUUAAAACCUGAGGUUAAACUUUGAAUACAUUAUUGAAUUCCUUAAUAUUCUAAUGGACUAGCAGAAUGACAGGUGCACCCCUGGCUUGCUUUUUAUUUUUUGAGUUUCAUUUUUCAUUGCAGAAUUAUUUAGCAGUGUACGGUAAUCUGUAAACUUGCAUCAAGUUUAUGAAUAAAGAACCAUUUUAAGAA